AUCUGAAAUCUUGUGACAUUUUACUGAAAGCAUUCGCUGUUGAUGGACGACUAUAGAGCGCGAACGCGGCGCCGGUUAAUCGGAUGGGGUUUUAAAUUUCUUAUUGUUAAAACUUAAACGCACAAUCAAGUGUUACUAUAAAUUAUGAUAUGAAAAGUACCUAAAAUUAAUUGUAAUAGUUGCAUAUGAUUUUUUUGUGUGUAUACAUAUGUAUGUUUGUAUAUGUAUAUGUUUUUGUGUAAGAGUGAGAAACGCCUUCGAGCAAAUUAAGUUUACACAAUGUCCGAUGAAUUUCUUGGUAGUAACGCAAAUGAUGAGCCGGCGGUACUUGUGCCGAAUGCUAUUAAAACCACCGACGGCACAGCGGAAGCUUGUGACGAUGCCGAUUCUUAUCAAUCGGAAACGGAAAAGCCAAUUUUAUUGGAACUUGGCACUACACCGAAACCACCACCAGUUAGCGCUAGCAAUGCAGCUGCUUACAGAGCGGAUUAUCCUUUGGAUAUGCAUUUGAAUGGUAGUUCGUGUUUGACAACAACUCACUACCAACCAUACGCCGUACUUUCGUCCAGCGAGUCCCACAUGCUGCCACUGAUUGCUGCUCAUUUCCCACCGUCAAUAUAUAGCAAUCCUUAUAUUCAAUAUGAAAGUCCUCUGACGCCACCUACACCACCACCACCGCCACCGCCACCGCCCUCGUCAUCGUCAUCUGCUUCGCUCUUGCCGUCGAUAACUACAAGUACACAUUCCAGUUAUGCUGUUCAAAUACCGCAGCCAGUGAUUUCGUGGCCAUUGACGACGGAUGCGAAAAGGAAAUCUCUUGCGGAAGUGGUACCACCACCGAUUAGUAUCAGUUAUCUUGGGGCACGCGAACACAUUAUUUCGAAAGAGUCGAACCCGUCUUGGAAAGAGAAGGCGCUGCAAUUGGAGAAAGAUUAUAAAAAGACUGCCUGUGAUAGAGAACGCACACGUAUGCGGGACAUGAACCGGGCGUUCGAUUUGCUGCGAUCUAAACUGCCAAUUUCGAAGCCAAAUGGAAAGAAGUAUUCGAAAAUAGAAAGCUUACGCAUUGCAAUCAACUAUAUUAAUCAUCUACAACAGUGUCUCAAAGAAUUGCCCAAUGACUGCGAUGCGAUACCGGAAGCAUCCGCCAACCACGAAGGCAAUGCUGUGGACUAUGUAGUUCAUAUUGGAGCGCGUAAGCCACAAUUUAACUAUGCAAGUUCCAGACAUUGGUCGAAAGAAAUAAAAAAGGAUUUAGACGAAUCUCAGAGUGGUGGAUGGAGCGAUAGUCAAUACUUAAGCGGAGAACAAGAACAAUGGGAGAGAAAUUGAGUUAAUAAAAAAUAAAAUCGAUAGGCGAAUUAAGUAAAUAAUAUGGUAUAAUUCAGUGAGAGCUACACUAUUGGCUCUUCGGGUUAUAGCAGUGAUGCUGAGAUCGGGCUUUUACUGUGCGCGUUCAUAUAAAAUCUACAGAACGCUUUGAAGAGUUCCGCCCGUGGGCGCUGUUUUGAGCAUCACUGGUUUGUAUAGAACCCCAAACCAUGUAUAUAUUUUUGUAUCUAAAGUGCGUGUUUUCUAGUGCAUAUUAUGAUUUUUAUAAAUAAAUGCAAAUGGUAAUACUAGGAAA